AUGAAUUUGAAAAGCAAAAUUCAUUGCAAGUGCGCUAAAACAGUUCACUAUAGAAACCUUUUGAAAUGCAGCUUGAUUUUAUUCAGCACUAUUAUUUUGGUGGCAGGUAGUGGCAUAUUCGGGGCAGGAAUGUAUGCGAGGUCGUUGUUAGUGAGGAACCGCAUGUAUUUCUUGGGACAACUCCUCAACAUUCCUUCAUUCCUUGGCCUCUUCUGCGUCUUAAUCGCUCUUCUCUGUAUUUACGGGAUAUUUAAGGACAAUAAAUUCAUUUUAAUUAUUUUAGCCACAGUCAUCUUCGUCAGUUUUCUUUUCAUGUCGAUGAUUUCUGGCUUCUUGAUGAGUGUCAAAAAUUAUAAUCUGCCAAAUUUCCUGAAAGAACUUUCAAGUUACCAGGUGGAAUGUUGUGGUAUGAGUGGCGCUGCAGACUGGGUCAUGAAUUCAGACCUGCAAUCCGUCAAUCACCUGCCUGAAUCAUGCUGUAAAUUUAACUCGGAACUUGACGGAAAGUGCGAUAUCGUGCUCAUUAGAAACGACGAUGACAUCGACCAGUACGAUGGAGAUGAUGAAACGAACAAAACGCUUUCCUCUGCAAGUAAAUGUAGGAAGAAAGGUUCGAUGUUUUCAAAGAUGUUCGUAACAGCACUGACCGUAACUUUCUUGCUGACUGCCGUUCAACUUUUCAUGUUUGUGGCCACAGUCUUCCACAUCAAUAAUUUGUUUGAACGUGAGAAGAAGAUCAAUGUGCGGAAAGCCGAGAACAAAAACUCAACGAGACACAUCAGAGGAUCAGAUCAAAAAUAUGACAAAGUAGACUCUCAUGGCAACAAAUAUUUAAAAAUUAACCCGAUGGUAUUUGCACAACUUGUAUACAAAUUGUGCGGCCGAACCGCCGAACUUUCUGUCGAUCACUGA